CGAGUUGUUUGUCGGGCCAAUGAAAAACCACGUUCUAGUCUGAUUUGGGUAUGCACUUCGACGCUGACGCAACAGUGUCCGAUAUCUCGUCGCCUUCGCUAUCCUGUUCAAGGUCAAUAAAUUGGCUUAAAUCCGAAACUUUGUUCCAUGAGUCUCGGGCGCAUCUGCCACGGGUAUACACUUCCCAAAAGAGUAUCGAUUUCGUGCAGAAGUCCAUGGACUUAAGAUGUGCAAAUGCCGUCUUUACUGGAGUACUAUCCGGACUUAUAUAUUCAAGCAAUAUAUAAAGUAACUCUUCAUUGUCUGUUUUCUAACAGCACAACGCACCCGAAUUCUCUGUUGCAAAGCACACGUUUUUGAUAUAACCUUCAGUCAUCAGGCGUGACCAUGUCAUUCCCAUACAAGCAUGUUCUUUUGGUCGGAGCAACAUCUGGAAUAGGGAAGGCAAUGGCAGACAAACUUAUCGCGGAAGGAAUCCAUGUCACAGCCGUUGGGCGUCGCAAAGACCGUCUCGAUGCCUUUGUCUCGGCCCAUGGUUCCUCGAAAGCCUCCAGCCUGGCCGCCGACAUCUCAAACUUGGAAAGCUUGUCCGCUUUUGCUGAGAACGCGAUCAAGCAACAUCCCACAAUCGACGCCGUCUUCCUCAACGCCGGCCAGCAACGCCGUUUCAAUUUCGCCUCGCCAUCCACAGUGCAGCUCUCCGAGUUCAACAAAGAGAUGACCACGAAUUUCACAUCCUUCGUCGCUCUGACACACGCUUUCCUCCCGCAUCUCCUCGCAUCUUCCAAUCCUACUGCACUAAUUUACACUGGAACGCACAUUUCGCUUGUCCCAGGGGCUUCCUGGCCCGCAUACAGUGCGUCGAAAGCCGCACUGGAUGCCUUCGUCCAGUGCAUUCGGGAACAGCUGCGCAACAGCAGCGUGGACAUCUUGCAUAUCUCCCCACCGCUUGUGCAGUCAGAGAUACAUGAUUAUGAGUUUGGUGCUGAGACUGGGCAGAAGAUGGGUAUGCCGGCAGAGGAAUUUGUGAAGGAGACGUGGGCGGAGCUUAAAGAGGGGAAGAAAGACGUGUACAUUGGAAGCAUCGGCGCGAGCUCUAGGGAGCAGUUUAUGGAGAUCGCUGAUAGACGUGCGGAGGCGAUCGAAAGACUGAACGAGCUGCUGAGGAGACUUCAUUGAUCACCCAAAUGGUACAUCCUGCAUAAGGAUAACACGCCAAGUACUUCGCAUGAUAGGAGGGUGUAUAGCUACAUCAUUGACGUAUUCGUUCAUGAUCAGUGGGUCAUUUUCCGAGCCUGAGUGCCACUUGCCCAUGCUGUGCGCUUAAGUAUUCUCCUAACCAAGCUAAAGCUCAGGCCUGCCCUCCCGCCACUCAUCGAUCGGAACUGAGCCUGGCAUCUCCUCGCCAUCAUGUACUAGACGGGGGAAUGAUUUGUUGCGCCAAUCAUAAUUGAUCUCCUUCUUUGCAAGCUCUUCGUUCACCAGGAGCACAGCACCUGAAUGAUGACCUGCUGCACUCACUCUGAGCGCAAAGUAAGCACCGAGACCAUCCUCGCCCUUAUC